CUUCGCUGUAGCAAAGGAAGAAAAUACGUCUUACAGCAGAAAGCUGAUCUUCCUGAUAGCCGCCGUCGCCGUAAGACAAGCUCCCAUAUGACGAGCUGCUCCUAUAUGCUCCGGCUCAGCCGUCUUUACGCCGGCGGUCCUUGGGCUAUCUUUCGUAACGAGGCCGACAGCGCCAAUGAAUACAAUUACGAAUUGCUUGCCCCCUCGGUGUAUUUACGAGUCAGGAGGAUAGCCGUUGAAAAGAGAAAAGCUGCUAUCAUCUCCUCUUACAAAUCUGGAGUCAGACCUAUUCAGAUUCUUACACAAAUUCAACAUAAAGUUUAUUCGUUUUAUACGUGCUGUCUAUGA